GGCUGUUGCAGCCGUGAGUAGAGAAUUCCGAGUGGGCGGUUAUUAAUCGCGUAUGACAGCAGAUGAAGGGAGAGGUUGUUGUUUCAGUGGAGCUAAUACCAGCGAGUUGUUAUAGGAAAGGUGAAGGUGCGGGCAGGUGGCGAUUGGGUUUCAAACUGUAGUUGCUGCUCGCGCUCACUUCUAACCGACUGGAGUAACGGCUGGCGCUCGCGGACAUGACGCAGCCAACCGAUGGCAAGGCUCUGGUGUUGGGCUUGUUAGCAGGGGUGGGUAUCGGGGCGGCCGGCCUCACGCUGGCGGUCGCCUGGUACCGAAGGACCAAAGAGAACGAAAGCAGCAUCUCCGCUGCGAGGAGUCGGGCUGAGUUUCACAAACGUUUAAAAGCCUCCGGGCCCAGGCUCCCCUCGCCGCGUCAGGCCGACAUCUUGGAGACGCUCAGUGAGCUGAUCCGGAGCCUGGAGGAGGUGAAGGGCGAGGUGCAAAGCCUGAAGGAGGCCGUGCCUCGCCUGGAGGAACGAGUGCGGAAAGAACUUAGUGAGUUCGGGCCGGAGCGGAGUCCGAGAAAGGCGGCCAGGAAGAGGAAGAGAAGCGAGCGAGUCUUGGAGGAUGGAGAUGUAGAUGUUUCCGCUGUGGGUUUUGGUUCUGUCAGCUCCGAGGAGGUGGAGAGUGAAGGCGGCUAUAUCACAGCACAUACAGAUACAGAAGAAGAAUCUGAAGAGGAAAAGAUAUGUUCAACAGUAAACGCCACAUAUGGAUCUCCACUACAAGAAGACAGCCAGGCCAGGGAAUUUAAUGUCCUCAUCCAGAAAGCAGAUAACCUACAUGAUAAUCCAGAACUGGAUAAGGAAGAAGGAUUCCAAUUACUGUUAGGAAAAAAAGACCAGUUUUGGGACCAAGUGGAAUUUCUAUGGCGAUUAGCACGGGCAUAUGCUGAUAUGCAUGACAUAGCAGUGGAUGUAGAAGACAAGAAAAACUAUGCAGUAAUUGGUAAGGAGAUAGCUAUGGAUGCAGUUAAACUGGGUCCCCAGAAUGCUGAUAGCCACAUGUGGCUUGCAAUUGUUUGUGGGCAUCUUUCUGAAUAUGGAAGUGUACAGUCCAAAAUCAAGAAUGGCACUCUUUUCAAAGAUCACAUAGACAAAGCAAUUGAGUUGAGACCACAGGACCCCAAAUUGUAUCAUCUACUCGGAAGAUGGUGCUAUGCAGCCUCGAAGCUGUCAUGGCUUGAAAAAAAGGUAGCUGCAACAUUGUUUAACGAACCACCAAAUUCAACCAUACAGGAAGCUUUGCAAUGUUUCCUCAAGGUGGAAGAACUACAUCCAAGCUAUUCCAAAACUAAUUGUGUAUACAUAACAAAGUGUUACAGAGAACUUGGCCAAACCAACAAUGCACAAAUGUGGUGUGACACGGCAGCAUCCUUUCCCUACAAUGCAAAGGAACAAGAAACUCAGGAAGAAUUAGAAAGCCUGCUGUCUCUUCUCAAGCAAUAAACUUCAUUUCUUUACUUGCAGUUCUGAAACAUUUGAAUGUCUCAUGAUUGACAUUGAGGAAGGGAAUGGGUUACAUUGAGAACUAAAGAUAAUUUCUUUGGUGUUUGCUUCAAUCGAUGUAUUUAUUGAUUCAGUCUGAGUUCAAAGAUUCUGAAAUUAAUCCAAAUAAGAUUAAUGUUGAAAAUGUCAGUGGAACUGAAUGAACAUAUCCUGAAAAAUGAUGAUGGGCUAAAUCAGAAGAUAUAGUCUAAGUAGAAUUAUGAUCUCCGCAAUGACUGUAAAACCCGUGGACAUGGUUAUUUUUAGUAAUGUGCAGACACCACUACAAAUGUCUUUUAUGAAGAAAAGUUCCAAAGACAGUAAUGAUGAUUUGAAACUGACAUUUUUUAAACGCUUGGUAUGAAGAAAGGCAUAAUUAUAAUUACAUAAGGAUUUUCAAAUUAUAUUUAGACAUACUGUAUUUAAAAAAUGACUAAUCAGUUUUUCCAAACUUAAUAAAGUAUAAAAUCUGUG